UUGUCGCAAGAAUUUGAAUAAAGUUGCUGCUGUUUGUUUUCUUUCAGCCUCUUAGGUUAAGCAUGAAAUAUAUGAGUGGCAUGUGAUAUGAAGGAGAUAAAGGAUGGAUUGCUUAAGAAUGUCUUCUAUUAGACUAUUAGUUAUUAUGAUAUAGUAGUGGUCUAACCUUAGUUUAUUAGAUAUGUUUUAACUAUGCAAUGGCUUCCAUGUUUCAUUUUGUACUUUGUAUCACUUUUAGGAAUUAUAGCUAUUCUGGUGCCCCUAAGAUCUGGAUUAUGUAUUAGUGAGGUCUAUUUUUUGUCUAAAACCUUUAUCAUGGUCUUGGAGUAAAAUAUUAUUUUAGUUGAUGCACUACCUUGUAAUGUUUGUUGAACUCUUCUAUGAUUCUCUUUGCCAUAUGCAUUAUCUAAUUUUAAUUUUUUAUGAUCAAAUUAUAUUCAUUUUCUUCUAGUGGAACUAAAUCUGUUUUCGCAUUUAUUUUACAUCUGUGUACAGAUAACCAAGAACUGAUUUUGAUCAAGGAUGAUGUAACCAAUCAAUUACCAUUUCUUAAACUCAAGCGCUGGCAAUGGUGGGUUUUGGUGGCGGUCAAUAUAUUCUUCCUUGUUGCCGGACAGUCUGCUGCUGUCCUGCUGGGGAGAUUUUAUUAUGACCAGGGUGGAAAUAGUAAAUGGUUGGCUACCCUUGUCCAAACUGCUGCAUUCCCAGUCCUUUUCAUUCCCCUCUUUUUUCUUCCUUCUUCUCAGGAGGCUUCAUCUUCUUCCAGAUAUCCUUCUUUUAUAAUUCUUGUCGUGGUCUACUUCGUUCUUGGAAUUAUCUUGGCUGGUGACAACAUGUUGUAUUCUGUUGGGCUCUUGUACCUUUCUGCCUCUACUUAUUCCCUAAUUUGUGCGAGCCAAUUAGCUUUUAAUGCAGUUUUUUCAUACUUCAUCAAUUCUCAAAAAUUCACUGCUCUAAUAUUCAACUCCGUGGUUGUCCUUUCAUUGUCCGCUGCUCUUAUAGCAGUCAAUGAGGAUUCUGAUACACCAUCUGAAGUAUCGAGGUGGAGAUAUACAAUUGGCUUCAUUUGUACCCUUGCAGCUUCUGCAGUUUACUCUCUUUUGCUUUCUCUAAUGCAGCUUGCCUUCCAGAAGGUUUUGAAAUCAGAGAGCUUUGGUGUGGUUUUGGAAGUUCAAAUUUAUACUUCCCUUGUUGCCUCUGGUGUUGCCAUUGUGGGUCUUUUCGCCAGUGGGGAAUGGAAGAGUUUAGGUGGUGAAAUGGAGGCGUUUGGUAAAGGAAGAUUAUCUUAUGUGAUGACUAUAGUUUGGACAGCUUUGUCUUGGCAGGUUUGUUCUGUUGGUGUUGUGGGAUUGGUUUAUGUGGUUUCUUCUCUCUUCUCCAAUGUAAUUAGCACAGUCUCUUUGGCUGUUACCCCUGUUGCUUCUGUGAUAUUUCUCCAUGACAAGAUGAAUGGUGUGAAGGUAAUUGCUAUGCUUAUGGCUAUUUGGGGUUUUGCCACAUAUAUUUAUCAGAAUUAUCUUGAUGAUUCUAAGGUAAGGAAAUUACAAAGUGAUGUUACUGAAAGCCAUGAUGAUCAUUCUUGAGUAUGAUAUUAUAUUAAUUAGUGUGGAGAUACUGCACAGAAAUUCUUUGCUAUGGAUGAUUUUUUAUGAGUUCUUUUUCUUUUUUUACUGCUAUCGAUGCCAAUUUUUUUAGCUGAUUUGAUUAAUUUUUAGUUUGAUAGG